AUGUCCUUCUACAACCUGGCGCAAGUCCCAGGUCUCCAGCUACCGUGGUUCUGGCGCGCUACGGGCAACCUCCUACCGGCUAAGCGUGAACCUUGGGAACCUCAAAAGUACAUGAAUACAACGGAGUUAUCAAGAGUCUUCUCUAUUGUUCCUCAGAGCUUUAAACCGAAAAGCCCACUGAACAGCUGGAGCCCGAGUUGUAUUAGUCCUCUUACUGUCGAACAAUUUGGACAUGGUCGAUGUAAACGUGGCAACGACUCACUCACUGCUUAUCUUGUAUGUUCUGAAUUUAAGCCAAAAGUGUCCGAAGGAUGUCGAGUACCGGUAUUAAUGGAUAUACAAAAGGCCUAUGUUCCGGCCGAAAUUGUCAGUACACGUGAAUUGAAUGGCAUCCGAGAAUAUUAUAUUCAUUACGUUAAUUUUAAUCGUCGUUUGGACGAAUGGGUUACAGAUGAAAAAAUGAAUUUAAAAGAACUUUGUUUGCCAACAACUGCAGCUAAUACAAUAAAUGAAACAACAACUGUCACAAUCACAACAACGACACAAGAAGUUACAACACUAAUAUCUCCUCCACAAACUCCUCUAGUACGAACAAAUUCUAGUCAUGCACUAGAAUCGCAAACACCUACAAUUAUAUUAACGGAUGGAGCGGAUCUAAUGUCAAACCAGAGCCAAAAUGGCGAUUCAUCAGCCGCAAGAACAAAUGAUACAUCAGGAAAUCCAUUACCAUCAAUUAAUAAUACAUCAUCUACAUAUGGGGGAACAGGAGCACGAGGAAAUGGUCAUUAUGGAGCUGUACAUCAAAUAACAAAAGUUAAGAAUAUUAAUUGUAUACAUUUGGGAAGAUAUUAUAUAAAACCAUGGUACUUCUCGCCGUACCCAGAGGCAAGAAUAGAUUCAUUUCUAUCAGAUAUUACAUUUUGUCCAGUUGUUUAUAUAUGUGAAUUUUGUUUAAAAUAUUGCAAAGAUUUAACAGCUCUCAAACGUCAUCGUACAAAAUGUACAAUAAUACAUCCGCCUGGGAAUGAAGUAUAUCGUAAUGGUACAAUAUCAUUUUUUGAGAUUGAUGGAAGAAAAAAUAAGAGUUAUGCUCAUAAUCUAUGUUUAUUAGCAAAAUUAUUUCUUGAUCAUAAAACAUUAUUUUAUGAUACAGAUCCAUUUAUGUUUUAUAUAUUGACAGAAUUUGACAAUCAAGGAUUCCAUAUUGUUGGAUAUUUUUCAAAAGACAAGGAGUCCAGUGAAGAUUACAAUUUAUCUUGUAUAUUAACACUUCCACCCUAUCAAAAGAAGGGUUAUGGUCAUUUUAUGAUUGAAUUUAGUUACACAUUAUCGAAAUUAGAAAACAAAAUUGGAACGCCUGAAAAACCAUUAUCCGAUCUUGGCUUGUUGUCGUAUCGUCGGUAUUGGUCUGAGGCAAUUAUGGAAGCGCUAUUAAAUGUUCAAACAAAAGAAGGAGAAGAAUAUCCAGCAUUAUCGAUCAAUGAACUAAGUGAAUUAACAUCUAUAAAAAAAGAUGAUGUUAUGGCGGCGUUACAGAAUAUGAGUAUAAUUCGUUAUCAACAAGGCAGUUAUAUAUUAUCGGUAACAAAAGACGUUUACGCAACGUAUCAGUCGAAACGACGUGCAAGAGUUGAUCCAAAAUGUUUAAUGUGGCAACCCGCCAAAAUGCCAUCACUAUUUGAGCAUCUUCCAGAUGAAACUUUACUUGAUCUAUUCUCUUAUUUGAAGCCGUGUCAAGUUAUUCAGAUAUUUUUUGACUUAAAUUAUCGUCUUAAUCGAACAUUAGCUAGUUAUCGUCGAGAUGUUAGACUGGCAAAAUUAUCGUUGCAUGAAUUUGAACAUGUUUAUUGUGGACAAAUUUUACCUCAAUUUUAUUCUACUAUUCGCACACUAAGGUUAAACAAUCAGUAUACACUUGGCUUAUUAUGUAAGGAAUUUGAAAAAAUAUUUAAACUCGAUUAUUUUAUUUGUUUAAAACAUUUGUCGUUUGAUCAUAUCGAUGCUGAAACAUUAGAGGCUUUUUUAUGGCGUAUCCGCGAAUUAAAAGGUUUAGAUAUUCUCGAAAUUACAAUAGACAAUGAACAAAAUAAAAAACUACCAUUAGAGUUUGAUCAAUUUUUAUGCGGAAAAUUAUUGACAAAUGAUACAUGUUUUAGAACAUUAUCGAUUAAUAUGUCAAAUUAUGGAUUUAACCUAGAAAAGGUUGGAACGGUUGAAAAGGUUAAAGAUUGCCCAAAUAUAGUAAAUUUAACUAUUCGUAUUCAGUCAUUAAAAGAUUUAUAUAUUUUAUUUGAUCAUUUACCCAAUAUUGAAUGUUUAAAUAUUGAAUUAUCUGCAAAUAUAGCUAUUACCAAUAUAAAAUACGAAUAUCCAUUUGACCGUUUAUAUUGGAAAGUACGUUAUCUAAAACAAUUUCAUCUUUCAAUUAUUUCACAAGUCUAUCGACAAGAUUCAUUUAUUGAAUUUGAUCUAAUUAACAACAUUGUUGGUAAUCUCGCAAAUGUACCAUUAGAAUAUUUUCGAUUUUCACUUUCACAUACAUUUACUAGUUUUGAUCGAACAAUUACAAUAUCAAAUAAACUAUUUUUAGACUAUCUCAACGGUGUUAUAUGGGAACAGUUAUUGAAAAAAUUACAAAAAUUAACAAGAUUUGAAUUAAAUAUUGAAUAUCAUUCAAUUCGUUCAUGGUUUGCUUCUAACGAACAAAUGCAUUAUGAAUUUUCUCAAUAUUCAAUUAAAAAUGAAACAUUUUCCUCUGACUACUGGUUACACAAAGGUUGGUAUGUAAAUUAUUGUCGAACAUCAUCUCAACUUAUAUUAUACACAUUACCAUGUCAAAGUAAUAGUUUGUCACGAACAAUUCCUUGUAUACAAAAUGAAUUAUCGAACAACAAUUUACGUUUUGUUUCACAUCCACGAGUAACAGAACUUCAUUUAAGUCAAACAGAAAAACAAGCCGAAUAUUUAGCAUUUUCAUUAUUAAUAGAAAAAUAUCCAAAUAUUCAAACAUUAUCUUUCAAAGAUUACAUUCCGUUUGUAUUCCCCACAUCUUCAACACCCACCGUCACUAUUACUCUACCAAUAAAAAAAGAAGAAAGCAAACAACAAAAAUUAAAAACAACUAAUACACAAAAAGUCAUCUAUAGAAAAAUUCGUUCUAUUUACUUUGAUUAUUAUUGUACAGAUUAUUUAUAUUUUAAAUCACUAUUAUUAUUGUUACCAAAUUUAUCAAUAUUAAGAAUAAACAUGCGCAUAUUUGAUUUCAAACCAUUGGAAGAAGAAGAAGAUUUCAUAAAAGUUUUAAAUGGCCUAAAAGAUGUUCAAUUGAAUCAAGUCAAUGUAAAUGAUAUCGAAAUGAUUUUACGAUUAUUCUCAACUGUCCAUUAUUUACAAAUUAUAACGGAUCAAGGAUUCUAUCUAGAACAUAUUGAAAAUUUAUUGAAAAAUUUAAAAGACAUUAAAUAUUUUCAAAUUAAGUCAACAGUUGCUACUGUUUGUAGAAAUGGAACAUUUCAAUUGAAUGAUCUUAUUCCUCCAAUCAAUAAAAUACUACCGACAGGAAGAUCUCGUGUUGAUCAUAUAUUGGAUUCAAAUAAACAUGACGUUAUUAAUUAA